AGAGCCGGCGCGCAGAUGGCAGUGUGCUGGGCAAACGGUCGAGAGCAGGUCACGCAGUCGGGUAGUGAAAAACGAGACCGAAGAUGCCGGCUCUCAAGCUGAUCUACUUUGACGGGAUGGGCCGGGCCGAGCCGUUGCGCUGGAUCCUGGCCGCCGGUAACGUGCCCUUCGACGAGCAGAAGUUCGGCUUCGAGGAGUGGCCCGCCGUGAAGCCAGGCAUGCCUUACGGCUACGUGCCUGUCCUGAUGGUGGACGGCCAGCCGUUGAGCGAGACAAUGGCGAUAGCGCGGUACGUCGGCACCCUCGCGGGCCUCGUCUCCAAGGAUCCGCUGAAGAACGCCUUCGGAGACGAGGCGGCGGACACCAUGGCCGAGGUGGUCACCAAGUACUUCGAUGUGGUGUUUGGUACGGAGGAGCAGAAGAAGGCGGCUGGAGUCGAGUCGCCGUUCAAAGAGUUCCUCCCGGCCCUGUUUAAGGUCUGGGAGUCGAGGAUGAAGGGGGCGUUCCUCGCUGACGACAAGCCGAUGUGGCAGGACGUGUUUGUGGGCCACUGGAUCUCCCGCCUGGAGGAGGCCCAGCCCGACGUGUUGUCCAAGUUCCCCAAGCUGGCCGGCCAGAAGAACAAGGUGCUGGCCCUGGACGGCAUCAAGAAGUAUCUGGCUAACCCACCAAAAUACAGCCUCCAGCUUUAGAGCGGCCAACGCAGAGCGUGCCGGACCUGCGCGCGCCGAACGAGAGCGCAUGCGCACUGCGUGCUCUCUGCGGCACAGAGCGGUGACAUGGUGUUGUCCUGGCGCGCCAGCGGCCACGACUGCUGUGUGCACGCUGGUUAUUUCUCUGCCUCAGCCAAACUGGUUCACGGGCGUCACCCAGGCGUCAGAUGGAGCAUUGUUCUGUCACCGCGACACAUGAAUAUAAUUAUGCAACCUGGCAUUAGGA